GAAUCUCAUCCCCCUUCUCCUUAUAAAUUGGGGCCUCAAGCUCCUUUCUUCCUCGAACCGCUUGAGUUGGAGAACUCAGAACUGACCCAUUUCUUCCUAAGGUCCCCUUGUUCUUCUCCUCCCAAGCUUAUCCCAACUCUCUUUCUCGCUACCUCUUAGAAAUGGCUCUUGAAACUUUCUUGUUCACAUCUGAAUCCGUCAAUGAGGGACACCCAGACAAGCUCUGCGACCAGAUCUCCGACGCCGUGCUCGACGCCUGCCUAGCUCAGGACGCCGACAGCAAGGUGGCCUGCGAGACCUGCACCAAGACCAACAUGGUCAUGGUGUUCGGUGAGAUCACCACCAAGGCUAAUGUCGACUACGAGAAGAUCGUCCGUGAUACUUGCCGUGAAAUCGGGUUUGUUUCAGCUGAUGUGGGUCUUGAUGCCGACAACUGCAAGGUGCUAGUUAACAUUGAGCAGCAGAGCCCUGACAUUGCUCAAGGUGUUCACGGUCAUUUGACCAAGAGGCCCGAGGAGAUCGGAGCUGGUGACCAAGGUCACAUGUUUGGCUAUGCCACUGAUGAGACCGAGGAGUUGAUGCCUCUCAGCCAUGUCCUCGCAACCAAGCUCGGUGCUAAGCUCACUGAAGUUCGCAAGAAUGGUACUUGCGCAUGGUUGAGGCCUGAUGGCAAGACCCAAGUGACUGUUGAGUACUUCAAUGACAACGGUGCCAUGGUUCCAAUCCGUGUCCACACUGUGCUCAUUUCUACCCAGCACGAUGAAACCGUGACCAACGAUGAGAUCGCUGCUGAUCUGAAGGAGCAUGUGAUCAAGCCUGUGAUCCCAGAGAAGUACCUUGAUGAGAAGACCAUCUUCCACUUGAACCCGUCUGGCCGAUUUGUCAUUGGAGGGCCUCAUGGUGAUGCUGGUCUCACUGGCCGCAAGAUCAUCAUUGACACCUACGGAGGCUGGGGCGCUCACGGAGGCGGUGCCUUCUCUGGCAAGGACCCAACCAAGGUCGACAGGAGUGGAGCAUACAUCGUGAGGCAGGCAGCCAAGUCCAUUGUUGCCUGUGGACUUGCAAGGAGGUGCAUUGUGCAAGUUUCUUACGCCAUUGGUGUGGCUGAGCCAUUGUCUGUGUUUGUCGACUCUUACGGCACCGGAAAGAUCCCGGACAAGGAGAUCCUCAAGAUUGUGAAGGAGACCUUUGAUUUCAGGCCUGGUAUGAUUGCCAUCAACCUUGAUCUCAAGAGGGGCAAUGGAAGGUUUUUGAAGACCGCUGCUUAUGGGCAUUUUGGAAGGGAUGAUGCUGACUUCACCUGGGAGGUGGUGAAGCCACUCAAGUGGGAUAAGGUUCAAGCUUGAAUCCCAACAUCGAAUUAAUUUGAAGCAUGUGCUGCCGAUGCUCUCUAUACUGGCAUAUUUUGCCAUUCUAUUUUUUUUCUUAUUGAUUUUUACUUCUAUUUUUGUGUUCUUUCAAGAAUGUGUUAGUAUGUAAUCCACAGAGGCUGUAAUUGUAUGCUAUUGCUGCUCCCAAAGUUUAAUAAAAGAAAAAAUUGGUAAGAGUGGUUUUGCUAUGGAGUAGCAACAGUGUUAAA